UUUCUUCCGUUGUAACUACAUCGGUGUGAGCUCAGUUAAAAACUUAUCGAAUUGGCAGGUUUAUAGCUUUCUUCUUGUGCCAGAUUGAAAGACAACAACUACUUUAGGAGCACCAAGGGCUGCCUAGUUUCAAGCACAAUACCAUUAUUUCGUCGAUCAAGAUUACCAUAUCGGCAAAAACUACAAGAUGACGACGCCUACCCUGAGAACGACCACGCUGGCGUCACUUCUGGUACUCUUAAUGACGUCAUCGUUACAGGUCAAAGGUCAGAUAUGGACACCCUGUGGUGGUGGUGCACCGUUACCCCGGGCAAGGAGAGGUAUAUCAAUGAACAAUUGCUUCUUCAACCGUUCCACCAUAAUAGCUUUCAAUGACGUCAUGAAAGACGAGUACAGAACAGGACUCAAUGCUGUGAUCAAUUCGAUGAAUCCAGACGACAGUAUUCAUAACAGUACGAGCGAAUCGACCGUGACAUUUCUCUGCCGAGGAUUGGUGCUGAUGGACUCUUUCAUUCACGAGUUCGACCACGCCGACGAAGCCUUAUACGAAUUCGACGUCGAUAUUUUCCGAGAUCGCCUUGCCGUGGCAUACCAAUCCCUAAACUCGUCGCUUACUACAAUGGUUACAAAAUGUCCUCUUCUAACAAACGCUCCAUUACAACUGGAAGAGGCGGAUACACUUGCAACUGUUUCCUUGGCAACAGACCCACACAUAGAAUCUACCUGGACAAGGUUUCUGGUAGAGGUCCAGAGCAAGCUGGCCCAUCUUCUAGCACCACGGUUUACCGGGCCUGACCGGCGGGAGCUCUUCGCAAGCAGCUGUACGCACGAGAUACUCUGUGCUGGGGGUACUAUUACAAAUGCAAACUUUAACCACACCCCCAUCAACGCGGAGGGGGGCUGGCAGUACUGGGAAUAAACAUGAAUCGCAGUCAUGCAGUCAAGAUAGUUCAAUCAAAUGACGUAGCAGCUCGGGGCGGCGUUGUAGGAGGGGGCCACCAAAGCUUCCAGAACAAGCCCUAGCUCUUCCCCCACAACCAUAUGAUAUUUUCAAGUAGUGAAGGGGUGGGGAGUAAAUAAGUAAGAAUGCUAUAAAAUAGACAUGUAUUGUUAUACUAUGACGUCACCUUUAGGGUAUCUUCCCAACUCCUGUCAAAUAUAUUGGCGCCGUCCCAGGGCAACUUAAUAGAUGAAACUAUUGAAAAAGGGAUGAGGGAAUCAAACUGAUCGCUGUUAAUUGACACUUUGAAAUACAUACACUGAUUACUUGUACAUUAUACUUGUGCUUUAUUAAUAACAUAAUUUGUAUCAGGGCCUACCGUCAGCAAAAACUCAGUGGUGUUAAUUGGUGUACGUAUAGAAGAAGACCACACCGUCGGACACCAUAGUCAUUCUAAUCAGGUGCUAAAUUUAGUAUUAGUUCAACACCACUGGGUGUAAUUACAACACAUUUGGUUGUUGCUUUUACACUCUUUGUGUUAUGUUUAAACUCUUGGGUGCCAUUAUAACACCCUAGGGAGUGGUCAUCUAGAGACCAACUGGUGUCAGUUUUAGCACGUACCAAAGCUUUUAUCGUAUAUGUAUAUAAUUAUCAUGUCUAUUUGCAUGUUCUAAUUGCCUAGAGAUUAUUGUCUUCAAAUUAAAAAUCUAAUGACCUAACUUUGCCAGUCUUUUGUUAACUAUUCAUCAGAUAUCUUCGCAGUGAUUUAAUAUUGUCAAAGGGAUUUUUCAAUGGUAUUUUCUGUUCACUAAUAUUCAUAUUUUGUUUAAAUUUGGCACUAUGAAGUUUAUAUUUUUCAUUGUAAAACGGAUUUAAAGAAUAUCUUUUCUCUUCAAUAAUUCAUAUUUUGAAUAGAUUUUCUCACAUUCAAGUUUAUGUCUUGAUUGUCAAAGGCUUUUACGCAUGCUUUCUCUUCACCAAUUAUUCAUAUUCUGUAAAAAUGUUUAUUUAAUCAAGUUCAAUUUUAUGUUCAUAAUUAUUUUUUGUUUAUUGUCCGGUUAUGUAUUUAAUUGUAUAUUUUUCAAAAGACCAACAUGGCUCUAAUUAUACUGCCCUGCUCUAUUUGAUAAGUGAAUAAAAUUAAUGAAUAAAUUAAUUGUAUAAAAAUGAAAUUUGUCAAUAUAUAUGUUGUGAAUAGAUAAAUUAGCAAGAAAAUUCCGUGAUAUUAACGUUAUACAUAUUGACAUUUUGUCAUGUUCGAGUUUAUUGACAUUUAUUUUAUAUUAUUUUUUGUUAAAUUAUGUUUUUAUUUGUACGUUUACAUGUGGAUCCAAGAAAAUUAACAUUAUGUCGAAUGGGAUGUCCUAUUAUGUUUUCGUUAUAUAGAUAAAGUAGAUAAAUAAGUGAACCCCCAAAAUGUUUCAAUUACUUUACACAAUAUUCAAUUAUAUAUAUUUACGCACUAUUAUUCAAAACACUAUGUCGCGACUAUUAAAGAUUAUUC